AUGGCUGCUAGUCCUUCUCCAAACCCCGUGCCGGUUGCGUACCGGGGAGGUGCUGGCAUGGUGCCAGUAUGGUUGAACAAAGGGGACAACGCAUGGCAAAUGGUAGCAGCAACACUCGUCGGCCUCCAAAGUGUGUCGGGUCUUGUCAUCCUGUACGGAAGCAUAGUAAAAAAGAAAUGGGCAGUGAACUCAGCUUUCAUGGCUCUCUACGCUUUUGCGGCCGUCAUAAUCUGCUGGGUGUCGUGGGCUUACGAGAUGUCGUUUGGGGACACGCUCCUACCCUUCUGGGGCAAAGCUGGUCCUGCCUUGCGCCAGAAUUUCCUCAUCAACCAGGCAGCUCUGCCCGCGAGCAUGCACAACUUCAGCGACCAGAAGACUGGAGACUCCUGA